CAUAUCGGCGGUACCCGUCUGUUUUCAUGUGCAAACUGUGAUACGAUCCUUACCAACCGCUCAGAACUCAUCUCUACUCGGUUCACAGGCGCCACUGGUAGAGCGUUUCUUUUUAACAAGGUAGUUAACUUGCAGUACAGUGAAGUUCAAGAUCGGGUCAUGCUCACUGGCCGCCACAUGGUUCGAGAUGUGAGCUGCAAAAACUGCAAU